CGUGACGCAGGCGCUCUCGGUCGGGUUUCUUUUCGUUGGUGGGUGACCCGGACAACCAGCGGGACGGGCAUGUGGACGGGUAGUUAGCGCUUGUAUGCGUGGUUGUUUAGCAAGUUGAUUUUUCCAAAAUAACCUUGCAUCAGUUAACUGCGAAAUUAGUUGCAGUUUGGGCUGAAGUCGAACCUCUGCUGAGAGCGGAGCCAGGAAGCAUUCGAACGACGGAAGAAGGCACAGAAUGUCGUAUUACUCAUCCUCCCGUAGUUCGUCACGGGCCACCGACUGUAAAGUGUACGUGGGCGACCUGGGAAAUGGUGCUGCCAAAGGGGAGCUGGAACGAGCCUUCAGUUAUUAUGGCCCACUAAGAAGCGUCUGGGUGGCCAGAAACCCUCCAGGUUUUGCAUUUGUAGAAUUUGAGGAUCCGAGAGACGCAGAGGAUGCUGUGAAAGGCAUGGAUGGGAAGGUUCUGUGUGGUUCUCGCGUUCGUGUGGAGAUGUCAACUGGCCUCUCCAGGAAGGGUCGUGGCCGCCCAAGUCGGCGCCAGUUUGAUCCCAAUGAUCGGUGUUACCAGUGUGGGGACCGGGGCCACUAUGCCUAUGACUGCUAUCGCUUUAGCAAGAGAGGCCGUCGAAGCAGGUCUCGCUCUCGGUCCCGCUCUCGCUCCCGGUCCAGGUCCCGUGGGCGCCGCUACCACUCUCGCUCCCGCAGUCGUAGCCACAGCCGGAGCCGCCGUAGAUCUCCUUCCUAUUCCAGGCGCAGGAGUAGGUCAGGCUCCCAGGCUCGUUCCAAGUCCAGGACUCCUGUGAGAAGUCGCUCGAGAUCUCGCUCUCGUUCUGGCUCUGCACCCAGAGGACGUUCUGCCUCCCGAUCCCGCUCACGGUCUCAGUCGGCCAAUCACAAGAGGAACAGCGUGUGGUGGGAGCUGAGCACUGCACUGACACCGCAGCUGAUCCCAGGCCCAGGGUCUGCCAGCUGGCGUCGUUCCCGCUCAGCGAGUCCAAACCGAAGCGCAACACCUGCAGACGACUGAGUGAAGAUGGCUCUUUCCUUAGCGUAAAACUCAUCCUGUCUGCUUUUACAGCCCCACAGCAGAUAGUUUUAGUAUCUUAGUGUAGACCCACUUAAAUUUAUUUUCUCAUCAGGACUCCUGUGUUUGUGCAGCCUCUCAGGCUGUUUAGUCAGUGAAGUAGACAAAUCACAUUAUUAGGAUUAUUUUUAAUUUUUCCUCUGCAUGUGUUCUUGUGGGUUUUUUUUUUUUUUUUUUUUUUUUUUUCUAAAGCCGAAGUGAAGACACUGUACAACUAUGUUGUUACUGAAUGUUGCAGGUGAUUUUUAGCAGUGUACAGUAAAUGAUGGGGCGCUACAGUGGAAAGACUGCUUUUAUUAUCAUAGCUCAACUUUCUGAAAUGUUUUCCUCUUUAUGAAUGAGCAAAAGAUACUUUGCAUUGCACUGCAGUUUGAGUUUUGAGUUGAAAUGCUGUUAGUUUUCACUCAUCUGGCCUGCGUGUCAUUAAAUGUCACAUUCCCACAGUG